UGAAGAUGGAAGGUUACAAAAGCUUUUUGGUUUUCCUUGUUUCCUCCCUCUUGCUGGGCUUCCUGGGAGUCAUUUUUACUCUAGUUUGGGUUCUUCACUGGAGAGAAGGGCUUGGCUGGGAUGGAGGAGCCGCAGAGUUCAACUGGCACCCAGUCUUGGUCACCUCAGGCUUCAUCUUCAUCCAAGGCAUUGCUAUCAUAGUGUAUAGAUUGCCAUGGACCUGGAAUUGCAGCAAACUUCUAAUGAAAUUUAUUCAUGCCGGACUUCAUCUCACUGCAUUGGUCUUUACCAUUGUGGCUCUGGUGGCCGUGUUUGAUUUUCACAAUGCCAAAAACAUCCCUAACAUGUAUAGCCUGCACAGCUGGAUCGGGCUGACUGUUGUCAUUCUGUAUGCGUUACAGCUUGUUCUAGGUGUUUCAAUCUACCUUCUUCCUUUCGCCCGCGACACCCUGCGAGCUGCCCUUAUGCCAGUUCAUGUUUACUCUGGCCUGUUAAUCUUUGGGACAGUGAUAGCCACUGCUCUAAUGGGAAUCACAGAGAAACUAAUCUUCUCCCUGAAGGAGCCACCGUACAGUAAAAUGCCACCUGAGGCCAUAUUUGUCAACACAUUUGGUCUCAUUAUCCUGGUUUUUGGCGGCCUGGUCGUUUGGAUGGUCACUACACCAGCCUGGAAGCGCCCUCGAGAGCAGGAAAUAAAAGCCUUAAACCCUACUGUAUCUUCUCCAGAUGGAACAGAGGAAGGUUCCACUAUCACAGACUGCAGUAACACAGAGAAGUCUGAUGUAGAGUUAAAUAGCGAAGCGGCCAGGAAGAGAAUCCUGAAGCUAGACGACGCAGGACAAAGGUCAACAAUGUGAGAGGGUUAAGGCCCUGUUACUGUGGAUUUGCUUCAUUUCUGGAAAUUAUUAUUUUGGGACUCCAACAUCUCAAUUGGCCAACAUCAUUCCUGCAAAACAAAGCAAGGAAGAAAUUUAUGUAUUUUUUCUCAUAAAAUUCCAUAUACGCACUUGUGUCAUGUCUGCAGUAAGCAAAAAGUUUACUUAGUGCUUGUAUACUGAUACAUCUUGGAUCAUUUAUUAACAUAGGUAAUAGAUCUUAUCUGUUGCUUUGUAGUUGGCUGAUGUGAAAGGAAAUGUAAACCUUUCAAAGAAAUGAAUAAAAAUGUGCUUUUUUUAUA